CUAAAGAGUUGUUUCCGUUUCCGGUCAAUUCAGUUGACAUACAUGCAUGAGAUAUAGCAUAGUUAGUUGUUAUGGUAGGUUUAUCCGUUAAUAUAUCGAGGGUUUUUGAGUAAAUAACAUUAAAUUCCUUGUUGCGAUUGCGGUCAUUAUAUAGUCCACUUACUGAGUGCUAUACUGGGCAUGAAUAAUUAAUUCUAGCUAGCUUGCUAGCUAAUAACCUUUCUAGGUACCAGUCUCAACACAACACCAGUCGUUGAAAAUGGCAGGAUUGUAUCGAGCUCUUCUAACAUCUGCCUCCACUGUCACAAAGAAUCUGACUCAAGCCACAUCAUGUCGCACUAAAUUCACUAAAAGUCGCAUCCCUCCACAGGUAUUUGAGGAACGAGCAAAAGAACAUGACAAGUACGGGGGUGAUCCAGAACAUCCACAUAAAUUACACAUAGUGACACGAGUUAAAAGCACAAUGAGACGACCAUAUUGGGAAAGGAAGGUUAUAAAGAGCUUGGGGCUCCUGAAGGCGCAUGAACCCCGUGUCCACAAGAACACCCCUUCAGUGAACAAUCUACUGAAAACCAUUAAGCAUCUGGUUAGGAUUGAGCCACUCAAGCUUCCAUAUGGACUACCUGCUGAGGAGGACAUGGCCAAUACGUAUCUGAAUAGCAAAGGGGAGCUGGUAGUGAAGCGUCUCCUGAAACCGCUUGAGCAAAAGGCUGUUGAAUCAUAGAAUUUUCUUGCUUGUUUGUUUGUUUAAUAAAGGUUUGAAUAACUA